AUGACAGAAGGUGUUCACCACCAUCGUCCCACCCUCAAGCAAGUCAUCUCUCAGAAAAACAAGGCAUUCAAAUCAAAGCAUGCUUCGAAGGGAUCGUUGAAAGAGGCUGCCAAAGGUCGCAUACGCCGCGACUCCCCAAAAGCGAACAUUGCCUCGCACGCCGCCGCUCAGCUUCGCACCAAUCGCCGUAACAGCGCGAAACAAGUCCAGCUCAAGAAGCGGCAGACGAUUGUCUCCGCGACCCGGAUAUUCAGCGGGAUCGACGGCGCUCCAAGGAUCGUCGCGGUUAUCCCGCUCACGGAGGACGUGAAUACACGGGAUAUCACUGCAAAACUCGCAGAGGCCAUCGAUGGGUCGCUGGAGGAGGACACCGAGACGGGACUGCAAAGGCUCAGCAGAGCAGAGCGAUUCAAGACUUCGCUGCAGUUCAUCCCCCUCCAGUACCGGCAGAUGUAUGCCUCGCUCGACGCUUGCAAGGUCGCCGACUAUGUCAUAUUCGUGCUCUCUCCCAACGUCGAGGUGGAACAGUGGGGCGACACUCUGCUGCGUACCCUCCAAGCGCAAGGCAUCCCCGAGGUCGUCACCGUCGUCGCCGCCGACACGCCGAUGGAACCCAAGGAGAAGCCUGGUGUCAUGAAGUCCCUGCUGUCCUUCGUCCAGUACUUCGUCCCGAGCCAGACGCGGGUAUACGACAUGCACCACGCGUCGGAUGCGCUCAACGCGCUGCGGGCAGUCUCCGAGGGCAAGCCAUCGGACGUCAAGUGGAGAGACGGCCGCUCGUGGAUCCUCGCGGAGAAGGUCGAGUGGGCAGACGAAGUGCUUAGCGUCACGGGCGUCGUCCGCGGCGCGCACCUCAACGCAAACCGACUCAUCCACAUCUCGAACCACGGAGACUUCCAGAUAUCACGCAUUAUCUCCGCGCCGCUUCCUCGUGCACCAAAAGCUGGUCAUACCACCGGGAUGGAUGUCGAGCCGGAACUGCUCGCGGAGCCUGAUGAAUCCUCAGCGGAUUCGCUCGUGUCCAGCAACGACCCUGACGACAUGGCGAACGAGCAGACUUGGCCUACGGAAGAGGAGAUGAAAGGCGCGAAUGGUCAAAACGGUGAUGCCGUCCCCAACGCGAAGGCCGGGACUACACCGAAAGUCAUUCGCAGGGUUCCUAAAGGCACUAGCGAAUAUCAAGCAGCAUGGAUCGUUGACGAGAGUGACGACGAAGGUGGGGACGACGAAGACGGGGGCGAGGGUGGUCACCACGACAUGGAGGAGGCAGAAGAAAUGGAGGACCUGCCUGUCGCGGAAGAUACUGAGAUGGAGACCGAAGAUUUAAAGAGUGUCAUGUUCCAGGACCUGGACGAGGAUGAAGAGGCGCGACAACUGCAGAAAUGGAGAGCCAGGAAACGUGAGGAAGAGGACGACGCGCAGUUCCCUGAUGAGAUCGACACUCCUCUAGACGUAUCCGCACGGACACGGUUCCAGAGGUAUCGCGGAUUGCGAUCAUUCCGGACAAGUCCAUGGGAUCCGUAUGAGAACCUCCCCCGCGACUACGCCCGGAUCUUCCAGUUCGAGGACUUCAAGCGUACUGAACGAGCGGUGAAGAGGAGAGCGGAGGAGGAGGGUGGCGUAGAGCCCGGAACGCGUGUUACGAUCUAUUUGAAGGACGCGCCAAAGGAAGCAGCCCGCGUUGUCUCUAGGAAGCCAUUUGCCGUCUUCACUUUGCUGCAACAUGAGCACAAAAAGACGGUCCUCAACUUCACAGUCCAGCGGAAUACAGAGUACGACGACUCUGUACGUUCAAAGGAUCCUCUUAUUCUCUGCGUGGGGCCGCGUCGUAUGCGCGUGAACCCUGUCUACAGUCAACAUACGCGCGGGGGAGGCAAGGGACCUAACAACGUGCACAAGUUCGAGCGUUACCUCCGCCAUGGCGUCACCAGCAUUGCUACUAUCUAUGGCCCUGUUGUGUAUGGCAACCUCCCAAGUUUUUUCCUGCGCGAGACUGGCGACGCCCAAGCUCCCGAGCUGGUCGCCAUGGGCAGCUUCGUUCAUCCGGACACCACGCGCAUCGUCGCAAAACGCAUCGUGUUGACCGGUCACCCUUUCAAGAUUCACAAGAAGACCGCGACGAUCCGCUACAUGUUCUUCAAUGCGGAUGAUAUCGCGUACUUCAAGCCCAUCCAGCUGCACACGAAGUACGGCCGCUCCGGUCACAUCAAGGAGUCGCUCGGCACGCAUGGGUACUUCAAGGCCCACUUCGACGGCCCGAUCAGCCAGAUGGACACCGUCUGCAUGGCGUUGUACAAGCGAGUGUUCCCGAAGUGGUGCGAGCUCUGGCAAGAGAGCGAGAACACCGCUGCAGUCCCUGCUCGCGACGAGGACGCCAUGGAGGAGUGA